CGGCGGCGGCGCCAUGAGCGGGGGCACCCCUUACAUGGGCAGCAAGAUCAGCCUCAUCUCCAAGGCGGAGAUCCGCUACGAGGGCAUCCUCUACACCACCGUAGCCCUCGCCAAAGUUCGAUCCUUUGGUACAGAAGACAGACCAACAGAUCGUCCAAUACCACCUCGAGAUGAAGUCUUUGAAUACAUUAUUUUCCGAGAGAGUGAUAUUAAAGACCUCACUGUUUGUGAGCCACCGAAACCGCAGUGUUCUUUGCCUCAAGAUCCAGCUAUCGUUCAGUCUUCAUUAGGUUCAUCUGCUUCUUCAUUCCAGUCAGUAGGUUCUUAUGGACCUUUUGGCAGGAUGCCCACGUACAGUCAGUUCAGUCCAAGUUCAUUAGUCGGGCAGCAGUUUGGUGCUGUUGGUGUUGCUGGAAGCUCCUUGACAUCCUUUGGAACAGAAACAUCAAACAGUGGUACCUUAACCCAAAGUAGCGCAGUUGGUUCUGUCUUUACACAGGAUACAAGAUCUCUAAAGACACAAUUAUCUCAAGGUCGUUCAAGCUCUCAGUUAGACCCUUUGAGAAAAAGCCCAACCAUGGAACAAGCAGUGCAGACCGCCUCAGCCCACUUACCUGCUCCAGCACCUGUUGGGAGAAGGAGCCCCGUAUCAACCAGGCCUUUGCCAUCUACCGGCCAAAAAGCAGUAGAGAAUCAAGAGCACAGGCGAGCCGAAGUGCACAAAGUUUCAAGGCCAGAAAACGAGCAACUCAGAAAUGAUAGCAAGAGACAAGUUGCUCCAGGUGCUCCUACGGCUCCAAGAAGAGGGCGUGGGGGUCAUCGAGGUGGCAGGGGAAGAUUUGGUAUUCGGCGAGAUGGUCCAAUGAAAUUUGAGAAAGACUUUGACUUUGAAAGUGCAAACGCACAAUUUAACAAGGAGGAAAUUAACAGAGAGUUUCAUAAUAAACUUAAAUUAAAAGAGGAUAAACUUGAGAAACAAGAGAAGCCGGUAAAUGGUGAAGAUAAAGGAGACUCGGGAGUAGACACACAAAACAGUGAAGGAAAUGCCGAUGAAGAGGAUCCGCUCGGACCUAAUUGCUACUACGACAAAACCAAAUCCUUCUUCGAUAAUAUUUCUUGUGAUGAUAAUAGAGAACGAAGACCAACCUGGGCUGAAGAGAGAAGAUUAAACGCUGAAACAUUUGGAAUCCCACUUCGUCCAAACCGUGGCAGUGGCGGGUACAGAGGCAGAGGAGGUCUUGGUUUCCGUGGUGGCAGAGGGCGUGGCGGUGGCAGAGGUGGUACCUUCACCAUGCCUCGAGGAUUUCGUGGUGGAUUCAGAGGAGGUCGAGGGGGCAGGGAGUUUGCAGAUUUUGAAUAUAGGAAAGACAACAAAGUUGCUGCAUAGUCUACAAACAAGUCUUUGAAAAUAGGUGAAUUUCUAGCUCUUUGUGGUCCUGAAAUUGGCUUCAGUCUUUGCCAAGGAUGAAGAAGCGGAUUCGCUG